AUGAUGGUCAUGAAGGAUGUCCAGGAGGUAGCCAUCAAGGUCAUCGAUAAGAAGAGAGCCAAAAAGGACACCUACGUCACCAAAAACCUGCGGCGAGAGGGCCAGAUCCAGCAGAUGAUCCGCCAUCCCAACAUCACGCAGCUCCUGGACAUCUUAGAGACAGAAAACAGCUACUACCUGGUCAUGGAGCUGUGCCCCGGGGGUAACCUCAUGCACAAGAUCUAUGAGAAGAAGCGCCUGGAGGAGGGGGAAGCUCGCAGAUACAUCCGGCAGCUCAUCUCUGCGGUGGAGCACCUGCACCGGGCUGGGGUGGUCCACAGAGACUUGAAGAUAGAAAAUUUGCUGCUAGAUGAAGACAAUAACAUCAAGCUGAUUGACUUUGGUUUGAGCAACUGUGCAGGGAUCCUGGGUUACUCGGACCCAUUCAGCACACAGUGUGGCAGCCCUGCCUAUGCUGCCCCGGAGCUGCUCGCCAGGAAGAAAUACGGCCCCAAAAUUGAUGUCUGGUCAAUAGGCGUGAACAUGUACGCUAUGUUGACCGGGACCCUGCCUUUCACAGUGGAGCCUUUCAGCCUGAGGGCUCUGUACCAGAAGAUGGUGGACAAAGAAAUGAACCCUCUCCCCACCCAGCUCUCCACAGGGGCCAUCAACUUCCUGCGCUCUCUCCUGGAACCAGAUCCCGUGAAGAGGCCAAAUAUUCAGCAAGCCCUGGCGAAUCGCUGGCUGAAUGAGAAUUACACCGGGAAAGUGCCCUGUAAUGUCACCUAUCCCAACAGGAUUUCUCUGGAAGACCUGAGCCCCAGUGUGGUGCUGCACAUGACUGAAAAGCUGGGCUACAAGAACAGCGACGUCAUCAACACGGUGCUCUCCAAUCGCGCCUGCCACAUCUUGGCCAUCUACUUCCUGUUAAACAAGAAACUCGAGCGCUAUUUGUCAGGGAAAUCUGACAUCCAAGAUAGCAUCUGCUACAAGACCCAGCUCUACCAGAUAGAGAAGUGCAGAGCCACCAAGGAGCCCUAUGAGGCCUCCCUGGACACCUGGACAAAAGACUUUGAAUUCCAUGCUGUGCAGGAUAAAAAGCCCAAAGAACAAGAAAAGAGGGGUGAUUUUCUCCAUCGUCCGUUUUCCAAGAAGUUGGACAAGAGCCUGCCCUCCCACAAACAGCCUUCAACCUCACUCAUCACACAGAUCCAGAACACCAAAGCCCUGCUCAAAGACCGGAAGACUUCCAAGGCAGGCUUUCCCGACAAAGAUUCCUUCGGCUGCCGUAAUCUUUUCCGCAAAACCUCCGAUUCCAAUUGUGUGGCUUCUUCUUCCAUGGAAUUCAUCCCUGUCCCACCUCCCAGGACACCCAGGAUUGUAAAGAAACUAGAGCCACACCAGCCAGGGCCAGGAAGUGCCAGCAUCCUCCCCAAGGAAGAGCCUCUGCUGCUGGAUAUGGUACGCUCCUUUGAGUCUGUGGAUCGCGAGGACCACAUAGAACUGCUGUCCCCUUCCCACCACUAUAGGAUCCUGAACUCACCUGUGAGCUUGGCUCGGAGAAAUUCUAGUGAGAGGACACUCUCUCCGGGGCUGCUGUCUGGAAGCACAUCGCCUCUCCAAACUCCACUGCAUUCCACGCUGGUCUCUUUCGGUCAUGAAGAUAAGAGCAUCUCCCCGAAAGAGGAGGGUGUGUGUUCCCCUCCUCCGGUUCCCAGCAAUGGACUCACACAGCCUCUGGGGAGCCCCAACUGUGUGAAAAGCAGGGGAAGGUUCCCCAUGAUGGGCAUUGGACAGAUGCUGAGGAAGCGGCACCAGAGCCUGCAACCUUCCUUAGACAGGUCCCUGGAGGCCAGCUUGUCCCCGCUGCAGCCCACGGCCCCCUCCAGCCUCUCCUUUGACCUGGCAGAUGGUGUAAAGGGCCAGUGUUAACACAGGAUGGCAAGAUUCUGGGUCUCCGUGAGAACAGCGCUCCGCACAUACAUCAGGGCAUGAGCAGUCAACCUCACAAGAGCAUCCUUCAUUCCUUCCGCACAAUGUUCCGAGCUCAGAUCAGCUGCAAUCCACAGACUCAAAGCCCACACACCAAGCCUCACUUAGGAACCCUAUGAGAUGCUGAGAACCAGGGGGGCUGGUUGUAGGAGCCAUCCAUUCCAGUCUGAGACCCUCUUUCCUACAACCCCUCAUCCAGUCCUCUCCAGUAUCCCCCGGCCGGGUUCAGAGCUGAAAACCACACCCCCAUCUGCGGGACCACUCGGAUUUCCAGAUCGGGACCUGGCCUUCCUUCCCUUCUCCGCUCCAUGUGUGCCUCUCACAGACUGUUCUGUUCAGUGGCCAGCCACAGUCUCACAGGGACCAUGCCACUGCAAGGAUGUUCAUCCAGCCUAGGGAUUCCUCCCGAGGGAAGCAACCUUUUGUACCCUAUCUGUGAGUCCCUGUGGGAGAGCAGAAUUGGUGAGGCACAGUGCCAGACCCCAGGAACCCCAGAGGAAGAUGGGAUAGAGCCUCAGACAAAGAUGGAACCCAACCGUGAGAGCCCAGAUGGAAGAUGAAGACUGAAAACACUCAUUCCCAUGCAAUGUUUUCACAAAUGGUCUUUUCUGCCUUUAUUUUAACUUUUUUUUUUUUAAAUUGAAACUUGCUAAGAUUGAAUGAACUUGUCCAAAGAAAUCUUACUUUAUAUGAUGCUAUUAAAUUGAAGUAACUCUUUUUUUCUUUCUUCUCUUUUUUUUUUUCUUUUUUCUUUGAGUCAGGGUCUCAUUGAGUAGCCCAGGUUGACUUCAGACUCAUCAUCCUCCUGCCUCAGCUUCCAGAGUGCUGGGAUUGCAAGUGUAUACCCCUUUGUCUGGCUCAAAAUAACAAUUUUUAAAAGCCUAGGUGGCCAGAUGGGAAGUACUUCGACCAAGUUCAUGUUUCUCUGCGAGGCUGCAGCCCAGACGGCUAGAAAGCUGGUCUGGGUGCCGAUGGCAGCAGCAUUAGACCCUGGUGGCCUGCAUGAGGGGACAGCAGCGUAGCCAUCCUGUGUUUACAUUGUGGCAGCAGCUGAAGGCAUAGAACAUAGCUCCGGAAGGUUCUGGAGAAAGAGAGAAGGGAUUCUUAAGGCAGAAUUGAGAUGCAAGAAGGAGGCAUUUGCUGUACAUUCUUCUGCUGCGGUUGGAGCUUAGCUGUGCUGGGGGCUGGGAACAGGCUUGCCCACUGGGAGCAUGUUCGUGGACAGUUUCGUCCCCAAAGAAAGCAGUGUCCUCCACGUUACAGUCUGCGCCUUCCCCCUCCAGGAUUGAACCAAAGAUGCAUUUCUGGUUUUGUGACUGUGACGCCCCUUGUGUCUUUUGUGGAAUCUGGUGUUGUCUGAUCAUGUCCAGCUGGCACUUGACGGGGGACUGGCUCUGUGUGGAUCCUGGACCCUGGUACUCAGCAGGGGACUGCUCAGUCAUGAGCAGCAUUGUAAGGAGGGGAAGAAUCGGUACAAGUUGGGUCACAGUUGGUUUAGGAGAUGAGUUAGGGAAGAGCCCAGAAUCUUCGAUCUUUGGCUAUUUCAGAUGUAAUCAGAGACCACACCUGUAGCCGUGAAGCCAGGUUCAUUG